AUGUGRCUCCUUAACGCUAAGACCAGGCGACUGGAGAACUUUCUUAACAAUGACCAAGUCUAUGCUAUCCUAUCGCAUACAUGGGGCGAGCAAGAAGUCACAUUUGAUGACAUUCACCAAGACCUGGCCCGCAGCAUGAAGGGCUACAAAAAGAUCGAGUACACUUGCACACAAGCACUCCAAGAUCAGAUCAAAUACGUAUGGAUUGACACUUGCUGCAUCGACAAGAGCAGRAGCGCCGAACUGUCGGAGGCUAUCAAUUCCAUGUACCGAUGGUACUACCGAGCAAGAAAAUGCUAUGCCUACUUGUCCGACGUUCAUGCUAGCGGACGGUAUUGCUUCAAGUCUUACGUUCACUCACAGGGUGACACAAUUGAGAUCAAUGAUUCGGUAUCAAGAAGCCGAUGGUUCACUCGCGGUUGGACUUUACAAGAACUCAUUGCGCCAUGUGAGGUUGAGUUCUACGACUCAGCCUGGAAGCUUAUUGGAAGAAAGGAUGAAGUCGUCCAAGAGCUUUCAGAUAUCACUGGAAUAUCAUGCUCUGUUCUCAAAGACAGAGAACAGCUAUCAUCUGCGAGUGUGGCGCAGAGGAUGGCGUGGGCAUCCAAGCGAGAGACUGCGAGGCCCGAAGAUGAAGCAUAUUCAAUGCUAGGUCUGUUCGGCGUAAACAUGCCCCUACUAUACGGCGAAGGCAGCGCGGCAUUCUUGAGACUGCAAGAUGCAAUUGUUAAUACUGGGGGCCCAGAUACGCAGGAUCAUUCGAUUCUCGUCUGGCAAAACUUCAACGGGAUCCUGUUCGCGCCCUCUACAAAACAUUUCAGCAAAGCGCACCGAGUUGCUGCCUUGCCCGAUCCCCGUGAUGGGGCUUUCGAGCUUGUCAAAAAGGGCCUCCGUCUCAGCUUGCUAGUACGCCCUGACGGAGAAUCCAACACUGUAGUUGGUGGCGUCAAGGAUCUUCAUACUGUCAUUGCGGUGCUGAACUGCCAAUACGCUGACACGCCAAAUAAGCGGAUUGCCCUAAGAUUACGUCGUCGACCUCUCAUAUCCUGGCCAGGGAAGAUCUGCCUCAUUGACAAUGAAGCCGAUAUGAUAUUUGACAGAGUUCAAGAACUAGCGUCUGUUGAUUGCCGAGAUUUAGAUGGCUUUACUGCGGUGGAGCUUACCAUAGCGCGAAAGCCAUUCAUCUGGCCGCAUAUGUCAUUGAGAAUGUCACUGUCAGUUACUUCAGCGUACAUUGAAGGGCAAUGGCCGAAAUAUAUGAGAUGGGAUGACUCCACGUUUGUUCCGGCUCACCAAGGCGGCUCCUUCCAACCUGCAAACAUCAGUCGAUGUAUCGGAUAUGGCAAUCUCUUCAUGAGUACGCUGGGGACAAGGCGGGAUGUAACAAUGAGUUUUCACACGGAUUGCGGCAUCACCCCACCCACGCUCCUUGUUGGAUGCUUUGAAGGACACGACGUGGAGUACGCCGGACUUGGAGACAGAACGCUUCGUCCGAUCAUCGCAGUCGAAACAAAACGCAUCUCUGCACCACAGCUGCCGAGAUUUCGCUCGAAAACAUCCAGACUUCUGCGUGGGCGCACGCAGUCAGAUCCGGCUCCAGAGGCAGAUCAGCGAAUCAGAUCACUCUUCGCCGAUGGUAAGCUCUUUGAUCGCGCGUCUCUGAAGGUUGAAAAGUGGCUCAAAGUGGUGGUUUGCCGCAGAAAUUCGGCGAUUGAGCUUCYAGGAGGAACGCGAGGCGAAGAGGCCCCUGAACUGCAGCACUUCUCGGGACCAACGUCAGUUAUGGUUGGACAUCAGGCAACGCCAGCAAGCUCUAGAGGACAAUAG